AUGGGCGCCCUGCCCAGCCGGCUCAGUGCUGGGGUUGCUGACUACAUGGCAAGGAGAAGGGGUCCCCUAAGGGGAAGGUGGAGUCUGUGUCCCGUUUUCCCUUCUUUUCAAUCUUUUUCUCUCCCCAUUUCUUACACAGAAACACACCCAGAACCCUCUUUUAGAUCCUCUCUCACAGACACAUACACUAUUGUUUCUCUCCGACACACACGACUAUUCUGUCUCUGUCAUACAUACACACCCAUUCCCUCCGCCCCUCCCUCUCCCUCUCUCUCUUCACCCGUUCUCCCUCCCCCACCCCUUAUCUGCUCUGGGAUCUGUGGAGACGCCAGCCUUGCCCUACCUAUCAGAGAUGCCAAAAAUGGGGACAACUUCUGGACAGAUGACCUGGCCGCGCCCCGGGCCUCCCCCCUCCAGACGGCUUAUUACCUCAUAUGCAGCUCAUCUUAA